CAGCAUUACAACCAGACAAGAGAGCGGCUCUCGGGCUUUGUUUUGUGGAUGUGAAUGAGCUCCAUCACCUGCUACGGAAAUGUGGACGGAUAUACGGACUUUGCUACUUUUUCAUUCGUUGCUCCUGAGGGUUCAUUUCUCGGAAGCAACGGAUGAAUGUGAGGAUGGACAAUUUCAGUGUAACAACAAAAGGUGUAUACCUACCAUCUGGAGGUGCGACGACGAUGACGACUGCUCAGACAACAGCGAUGAAGAAAACUGUCCCAGGAAGACAUGUGCCCCCGCAGAGUUCGCCUGCUUAAAUGGCCAGUGUGUACCGGGACGCUGGCGAUGCGACGGGGAACCAGAGUGUCCCGAUGGCUCUGAUGAGGCAGAGGAGACCUGCAGCAAACAGACGUGUCCUCCAGAGAAAUUCGACUGUGGGGGAACCAACAAGUGUGUCUCGUUGUCAUGGAGAUGUGAUGGGGAGAAGGAUUGCGAGAACGGAGCUGAUGAGGAGGACUGCGCGUCUGAUGCCAAAGCCUGCCCCAGCGGUGAGUUCAUGUGUGGCAACCGCAAGUGCUUGGCGACCGUCUAUGUGUGCGACGGCGACGACGACUGCGGGGACGGCAGCGACGAGCUCAAGUGCACCUCGCCUCUGACCUGCGGGCCCAACCACCUCCGCUGCAACUCUUCUGAGUGUGUGCCGCUCAUGUGGAGCUGCGACGGGGACCCCGACUGUGCCGACAGCUCUGACGAAGGGCCGGAGCGCUGCGGCGGAGACGGGGUCCCCUACCUCACCAACCGAAGGACAAACUGCACCACGGAAGAGUUCCGCUGCGCUAACGGGGAGUGUGUGCGGCUCACGUGGAAGUGUGACGGAGACCCGGACUGCAAGGACAAGUCGGAUGAGUUUGAAUGCCCUCUGCUGACGUGUCGCCCCGAUGAGUUCCAGUGCGGUGACGGCUCCUGCAUCCACGGCACCAAACAGUGUAACAAGGUCCACGACUGUCCUGACCACAGCGACGAAUCCGGCUGCGUCAACGCCACCAAAUGCGGAGGCCCCCUGAAGUUCCUGUGUAAGAAUGGCGAGUGUAUCGACAGCUCCAAGGUAUGCGACUCUGUCAAAGACUGCAAGGACAGAUCAGACGAGCCCAAGAAGGAGUGCGGGCUGAAUGAGUGUAUGAUCAACAACGGUGGCUGCUCCCAUGUCUGCAUGGAUCGACCAAUCGGCUUCGAGUGCCAGUGCCCCACAGGCUACCAGCUUCUGGACAAAAAGACUUGUGGUGACAUCGACGAGUGUGAGAACCCAGACGCCUGUAGCCAGAUCUGCAUCAACUACAAGGGGGAUUUUAAAUGUGAAUGCUAUGAAGGCUACGAGAUGGACCCUGUUACCAAGACAUGCAAGGCAGAAGGGAAGAGCCCUUACCUGCUGUUCACCAACCGGCAUGAAAUCCGACGCAUCGACCUGGUGAAGCGUGACUACGGCCAGGUGGUUUCCACGCAGAAGAACGCCGUCGCUCUUGAUAUGGACGUGGCAAACAACCGGGUGUUCUGGUGCGAUCGCUUCCACCGCAAAAUCUACAGUGCUUUCAUCCAUGAGGCCAGUGACCCUGCACAGCAGGUGCCGCUGCUGGACUCCCUCCUGAAGACCCCCGUGGGGCUGGCUCUGGACUGGCUCCAACACAACCUGUACUGGGCCGACUCCGGAGACAAAUCCAUCUCCGUGGCCUCGGUGGAUGCCACCAAGAGACGCGUCCUCAUCAACACGGACCUGAGUGAACCAAGGGCCAUCGCAUUGGAUCCCCACCACGGCUUCAUGUACUGGUCGGACUGGGGCACGCGAGCCAAGAUCGAGAAGGCAGGCAUGAAUGGAGUGGACCGACAGGUGCUGGUCUCUGAUAACAUUGAAUGGCCCAACGGCAUCACGCUAGAUGUAGCCAACAAGCGUCUUUACUGGGUGGAUUCCAAGCUGCACCUCAUAGCCAGCGUGGAUCUGAACGGCGCCCACCGGAGAACGCACAUGUCGUCCGCGGAGAGUCUGGGACACCCCUACGCUCUGGCUGUGUUUGAGGAUCGCAUCUACUGGACGGACAGAGAUAGGGCGGCGGUCUUCAUGGCUAACAGGCUGACAGGUCAAGACGUCCACACGCUGGCUGAAAACCUCAACGACCCCAGUGACAUCGUGGUCUUCCACCAGCUCCGCCAGCCACAAGGCCCAGACAGCUGUAAUCUGGGAAGCGUGGCCAAUGGAGGCUGCGAGUACUUGUGUCUUAAGGCUCCGCAGAUCACUGAACAAUCGCCCAAGUAUACCUGCGCCUGCCCCGAUGGGCAGGACCUGGGGCCCGAGAUGAGAGGCUGUGUGCCAGCAGCACCAAGAAACGACACACCAACAUCCUCACCUCCUACUGGACUCACACCUGGCACCAGAGCGACUGAUGUGGAAGACUUCCCCCUGCGGUCAGGAGGAGUGUCACAGGCUGACGCCACCCCCCACCUGACCACAGCGCCCUCUGGGGCCCCCGAGCCCUUCACACCCCUAUCCACUCUCAAGCCUUUGUCGUCAAAGGAGUCAAAGGCACUGGGCUCCCACUCCACCGCCACUGCGAUGGUCAUGACUACCACACCUGGGGGGGACAGCAGCGUCUCGCAACACUCCGGGAGAGAGAAUUUCCUCUUGGGCGACAACCUGACAGUGGCUGUUCUGGGAGUGGUCAUCCCCAUCGUUCCUAUCGUUGCCACAGUGGUGUUCGGUCUGGUGUGCGCCGGAGUCUACAUGGUGUGGCGCAACUGGCGGCGCAACUCCACCAAGAGCAUGAACUUCGACAACCCCGUCUACCGCAAGACCACCGGCGAGGGCGAGGAGGACGAAAUCCACAUCGGGCGGACGGACGGCAUGGGACACCACGUGCACCACCACCCGUACCCGCCGGGCGUAAACAUGGGCGUCGUGGGAGCCGGGGGUGGCACCUGCCCGCAGUUCAUCGCCCUGCCACUAGGGGGCAGCAUGCCCGACCCGGGGACUCACUGGUACACGGAGCAGCCCAUGCUCUCCACGGCGAAGUGACCCCAAGGGGCGUAUUGAGGGGGAAAUGGCCGCUCAGGCGCACGCACACACAGCGAGGUCAGGGGUGACUUGGACUGAGUUUGCAGAAAGUACAUACAUAUCGUCAAGUGUUACGUCCAGACAUGUCCUAUGCCAAAUUCCAUUUGAAAAACAGCCAAAUUAAUAUGACUAACAUGGUUCUUUAAAAAAAAAUAAUUCAUACCUUUCCUGUGCUGGAGCAGGAUCUACUUUUUUCCUGGAAAACGCUGAGAAUUAAUUAUUAAUGUGUUGUAACGUGAUCCUGACAUUGACCUGAACUGGAAUACGGAGUCAGACUGUUUCAUCGUUUUGAGUCUCUUGCAUUGGUAAGUGUGCUGUGUGUCUUAUAUUUUGUGACGUGGCUACUGAGAGGUUCUGUUUUGGUUUUUCUACAUUUGUGUUAUUGCUGGGGGGCCGCACUCCGGACAAGCUUUUAAACUGAUACAUCAUCUGCGUUGAUGGGACAAUCUGUACAGAUUCACACUCGAUUGUGAAUCAAUCACAAAUGUCAUAACCGUCAAUACUGGAGCUGUCUUUUGUAAAUUUCCCUGCAUGGGUGUCCUUCAGUAAGAUUUUCUCCAUCCUGAUUGAUUUUAAAGAAAGGUUACCACCCACAUUAUGGGCUUUCUCUCUGGUUCCGAGGCAAGCUUCUCCAGGAUGAUUUCUUAUUUCAGAGUGCAGUGGAACCACAUUGGUUUAAGAGGAAAUGUUUUUAUUUGACACCCCAGAGUUUUGCGGAUUGGAGAGAAGACAAACAGUACUUAGAUGUUGGAGAACAGAGAAUUUGCGGUUAGAAGGAUUUUCUUUUCUCAUUGUGACUUAUUUAUAUGUUAAAUGGUUUGAGAAAAAAGCAAUAGACUCCAGCUUUAAGUCAGGCCGCAGUGUUUACGUCCUGGACAGAAACCCUUGAGUGUUAACACUUUUAUUUGAUCACCCGCUUUUGACUGUGACAAAACGCGCACAUGAAUACACACGGGGUGCAGCGAUGGCGAGCUCCCGCUGCUCUCCAGAGGACGGAGACAAUGUGCACUCGCCCUCCCAAAACACAAACAGCAUGCAUAAUCGCUCACCAGCUGACAAUGCAGCCAUUCAUUGUCCCAGGCAUACACACACACAAAUGCACGCACACACUCACGGAAGCACGCUGGAUUUUAGAGCCCGCUCCCCUCCUCCCGCUGAGGUCUGUGAAAUCAGAGCAGACAGCUUUGGAUGGUGCCAUGUGGUGGCAUGAUGAAAAAAGACCUGUCAUGUGAUUUUACCACCGAAAACAAAAAAUCUGACUGUGAUGUAACAAGGAGGAGAAAAAUGUGCUGGUUUAGCUACGUCAUUCCCCUAUUUAUAAACCUUAAAAGUGUGCGUGGGUGUGUGUUUGUUCAUUAUUAUGCAUGUGAGUGCUAACGUUCAUCCCACAGCCAUAUUUGAACCGUUUUGUAUGCUCUCUGUUGCACAACCCUCUUAGAAUGCCUUCUGUAAUGUGUACUGCAUGUAAGGAAAUGGUGUGUGAAAGUGUGUGUGGAUACACAGGUGUGUAAGUGUGAUUGUGUGUGACAGUGUGUGACACUUCAGAAGAGGGUGCUUUUUGAUUCAUUGAUUUGUAAAUAUGUUUUCAUAAGGUUUUUUGAUAAUGUAUUAUACAAUUAUGUAAAAGAAAAAGCUGUACAUAAGAUUUUAGAUAAAGUGUCGACAGGUAUAUUAAUUUAUUUGUAUAAAAGGAGAGCACUGCAUUCCCUGAUUGCAAACAUUUGAAUUAUCCACCAAAGUGGUUUGUGUCGUUUCUUGCCGUGCACCACUUAGCAUCCUUUUUUUGAGCGACCCUUCUUUUCUUUGUUAACCCGCGUAAAAAUAUGGCGCCCCAUUCCCAACAACCUCAGUGUUAAUAACAUGAUUCGUUUGUGUUUAUUUGUGCCUUUUUUGUUGAUUUAUUUUGUAUUCUCCUGUAGUAUUUUUCAUGAUGAAGACAGGGAUCAGCCAACUACUGUACAUGCAAAGCUAAACUGUGUAUGAAGACCAA